AUUAAUUACGGUAUAUAUACCGAGAUAGCAGUUAUGGAUGGACAAACACCUACAAAGGAUACGACUGAGAAAAGAGGAAAGCCCUGGGAGCCUCACGAGGUCCAGGCACUAUGUUCUUUCGUGAAAAUGAAUGCCUCAACUCUUUUUGGAACUGGUGGUAGGGGGAGCAUGGGGGUUGAGAGACAGAAAGUGGAAGCAUGGGACAGGUGCAGAUUGGCCAUCGUAUCUGCAGGAGGAAGGAGUGAUAGAUCCCUGGAAAAAAUAAGAAAGAAAUGGCAGGAUCUUUCUUCAAAGGCGAAGAAGUAUAAUGUACAAAGAAGGAAGGAAAUGCAUGGAACAGGAGGCGGAGCGUUCACACCACCAAACGAGCAGUACGAGUUGGUGCUUCAAGCCCUCCCCAACGAACUCAGAGAUGGAAUAACAGCCAUUGGAAACUCGGAAUCUAUCCCAUCAAUCGGACAACUUCCUCUGAUAGAUGCAACGGGGAAAACGAGUCGGCCAACAUCAAGCUCUGUGUUUGUUGAAAGAGAGAAGAUCCCAUCAAUCGGACAACUUCCUCUGAUAGAUGCAACGGGGAAAACGAGUCGGCCAACAUCAAGCUCUGUGUUUGUUGAAAGAGAGAAGAUCCCAUCGAUCGGACAACUUCCUCUGAUAGAUGCUACGGGGAAAACGAGUCGGCCAACAUCAAGCUCUGUGUUUGUUGAAAGAGAGAAGAUCCCAUCAGUCGGACAAAUUCCUCUGAUAGAUGCUACGGGGAAGACGAGUCGGCCAACAUCAAGCUGUGUGUGUGUUGAAAGAGAGAAGAGGCCUGCACCAAUAACAGAGUCAGAAACAGAAGAUUCCCAGGAAAGACGACAAGCGAUGAAGAAACGGAAGAAAGGGAAAAAGCUAAAGAAGGAUUCAGAUGAGAUAGACCUUCUCACGUUAAAUAAGACAAUGGUGUUGAAAGAAGAACGUAAAGUGGUAGCACUGGAAGGUAUCUUGUCUACUCUGAAAGGUAUUCAUGGAUUACUGGAACGUAUUUCAUCAAAUUUCAAUCAAUCAGGACCAGAGCAGUAGUGUUCUAGGUUUGCCACCAAUGAGUCCAGUCGUACAUUAGGUCUCAGAUACAUGUAAAUGUCACAGUGAUUAAUCAUUAUUUUAAUGAAAUUCCGAUAUUAUCGCAAUAAAAUGAAUUAUCAAUUAUUUAUCAAUGUUAUAUGUGGAUUUAUCAUCAUAUUGUUGAGACUACUGUUUUAAGCAAUGAAUUUAAUUCUCAAUUAUUUACUUCAUUUAGCAAGAACUUUUAUUGAUUAAUAUUUUUAGAGAAGCAGUCAGUUCUGCUCUCCGGAACAAUGUAAUUGUAUGAUCCAUUGACCUUAUGCAUUAAUAAACAUCUAUACGUACACGGAUUUGAAAUUAUAUGAAACAUCUUUAGAAGUGAAUGGAGUAUAAUGUUUCAAUGCAAAUCAACAGGAAUCAACUUGUAUUUUAGCAGCAGAAAGAUUUUAUUGAAAAUUGAUGACCAUGGUCUUGGAAAGAUGUGAAUUCACAUUACAAAGUCUGUAAAGAACAAUGAAGGUGAGCUCAAUAAAAGUCUAUU